AUGCUCCAUGCUCAAAGGCAGCAAAUAUCCAACAGCUCCACCACCCAGUUCCUCCUCCUGGCAUUCGCAGACACACGGGAGCUGCAGCUCUUGCCCUUCUGGCUCUUCCUGGGCAUCUACCUGGCUGCCCUCCUGGGAAACGGCCUCAUCAUCACCACCAUAGCCUGUGACCACCACCUCCACACCCCCAUGUACUUCUUCCUCCUCAACCUCUCCCUCCUUGACCUGGGCUGCAUCUCUACCACUAUUCCCAAAGCCAUGGCCAAUUCCCUGUGGGACACCUGGGGCAUCUCCUACUUGGGAUGUGCUGCACAACUCUUUUUCUUUCUCUUCCUGAUCUCAGCAGAGUUUUACCUUCUCACCAUCAUGGCCUACGACCGCUAUGUUGCCAUCUGCAAACCCCUGCACUACGGGACCCUCCUGAGCAGCAGAGCUUGUGUCCACAUGGCAGCAGCUGCCUGGACCACUGGGUUUCUCUACGCUCUCUUGCACACGGCCAAUACAUUUUCACUACCUCUCUGCAAUGGUAAUGCUCUGGACCAGUUCUUCUGUGAAAUACCCCAGAUCCUCAAGCUCUCCUGCUCACACUCCUACCUCAGGGAAGUUGGGCUUCCUGUGGUGAGUGCUUGUUUAGUUUUGGGGUGUUUUGUGUUCGUUGUGGUGUCCUAUGUUGAGAUAUUCAGGGUCGUGCUGAGGAUCCCCUCUGAGCAGGGACGGCACAAAGCCUUUUCCACGUGCCUCCCUCACCUGGCCGUGGUCUCCCUGUUUAUCAGCACUGGCUUAUUUGCUCACCUGAAGACCUCCUCUGUCUCUUGCCCAUCCCUGGACCUGGCAGUGUCAGUUCUGUACUCGGUGAUGACUCCAGCAGUGAUCCCCCUCAUCUACAACGUCAGGAACAAAGAACUCCAGGAUGCUCUGAGGAGCCUAUUUAAGUACAUGCUACUUCAGCAUCCAUAA